AAAAUGUAAAAAGUAGAUUACAUCUUUAAGAUUGUCCUAAUCGGAUCCCAGAAUGUAGGCAAGUCUUCCCUUAUGGCCAGAUUCAUAGAUCAAGUUUUUAAUGAUAGUUACCUUUCCACAGUGGGAGUUGAUUUUAGAAUCAAGACCCUUUCCAUUCACGAUAAGACGUAACUAAGUAUCCGCACUUAUUAGUAUUAAAAUGCAGAUUUGGGACACGGCUGGAUAAGAGCGCUUUUAGGCUUUAACUUAAUCUCACUAUAAGGGAGCCCAUGGUUGUAUUGCAGUAUAUGAUGUUACAUGUGAAAGGUACAACUACACAAUCUAAUUAUUUGUAGAUCAUUUGAGGAUGCCAAGAAAUUCCUUAAAUUGGUGAUCGAAGAACAUGGUUUGAUUCCUGAGGCAUGCUAUUUAAUAGCAAAUAAAGUUGAUUUAGCCAAUAAAAGAGUUGUAAGUAAAUCAGCAUUAUGCUAGGUCCUGGCCAAAAAUGGCAAUGAAUUUGCAUAAGACUUGGGUGUUAACUAUUUGGAAACAUCUGCUAAAACAGGAGAUAAUGUCAAUUAAUUAUUUUUGGAUUUGGGCAAAAUUAUCUUGAAUUUGGUGGAUUAGAAACGUACUAAUGCUCAACCUCCUGAAAAUGAUACUAGAUUAAGAACAUUAGAUACAUAGAAGAUAGAAUAGGAAUAAGGUUGUAAGUGUUGA